AUGGACAAGGUACAAAAAAUAUCAUCCGAGAAUGGUGUGGUGAUCUUUAGCAAAACUUCAUGCUGCUUGUCCUAUGCCGUUCAUAUACUAUUUCAAGACCUUGGGGUGCUCCCUCAUGUUCAUGAAAUUGAUCGUGAUCCAGAAGGAAAGGAAAUCGAAAAGGCUCUCUCGAGAAUGGGAUUCAACGGCCCCGUCCCGGCGGUUUUCAUCGCUGGAACACUCGUUGGAUCCACCAAUGAAGUAAUGUCCCUCCACCUAAGUGGUUCCCUGAUUCCACUGCUGCAGCCAUAUCGGACUUCUAAUUAA